CGAAAGUCGUGUAUGUGAUGCUUGUUAUAAUGAACUUACAGCAGUAACAAAACAGUCGCCAAUCAUAACAUCGUCACCACGACCUCGUGUGCAAUUAGUGAAUGUUACACGUGAUCCGGAUCAAACAAUAUUAUUUUCAGAUUUUCGAUAUGACUCUAAAUCUUUAUGGGUAGCAUUACAAGAAGAUCUGGAGUUACAUGUUUAUGGUGCCCGAUUAGAUAAGGCUGAAGAUUUCUCAAUUAAGUUAAAAACAAUUCAUGAGUGUUCAUACGAUUAUGACAGUCACACAAUCACUAUACGUGAAACAUCAACAAGCAAACCACAUAUAUUUGUAUUUGAUACUACACAUCAAAUAUAUUUACCAAAAAAUGAUAUUAUAGCAAAUAAAAUUGAAGAAAAAAGUAAAAUUCAAAGUGGCUACGAUACUCAUUUUGAUUUAUGGCGUGAAGCGAUCGAGGCGGCACGAACAUCAACUUAUCCACCAUGGUAUAUAAAUAAACGUGAUAGUUUAGAUUCAGAUGUAAGUGUGAGAUCAUAAAGUAUUUUUAUAUUAUAGUAUAUAAUAUUUUGGUGCUAAUUCUAUUUUUUUCAUAACUAAACAUAUAUAUCUUUAUUUUUUAUAUAUGUUUAUCUAUUUUUUGUUUGUGUAUUUUAUUAUCUAAACGGAUAUUACUACUUGUUUCGUUUGUUAUCCACAUAAGUCGGAAGAGUAAGCGUCAAAUAGACGAAAAAAAUUGUGAUUAGUAUAUAAUCUGUUUUUGUGCAAUUUAGACUACUUCUACAAAUUCCAACGGACAAUUUCAUUUUAGUUGUUUUCUUCUUCACUAAUCGCUUAAUAAUUUUUAUUGUUUGUUCUUUUAUUUUUUUUUUUGUUUUUAUUUUCCUGUCAAAUCAAUGCAGAUCGAACGAGUAUAAUAUAAUUAGUCAAAACGAGUAAAAACUGUUGUUACCAAUCGUUAGUCAACUGAAGACUUCUGAUUGUAUCAUAAUAAUCUAUUUUCUUGAAACCUUUUUACAUCUAGUUCUUUUAAAAUAAACACGCGUAGACAUUGAAGAUAUACACCAGUUAGUAUAUUUCUGUGAUUCAGACGUUCUCAAAUUUGAAUGAUAGAUGGAAAAAUGAAUUUUAUCCCUUCCCAUCAUCUAUUUGAAACAUUAAAAAGGCACAAAAAGACGCUUGCAUAUCGCCCAUAGGGCUUUAGAGAGCAGGUCUAAACAAUUGAGAACCUAAUGAAUGAAUUGACAGAGUUUAAUAAUCUACUAAAUACAGAUUAAAUCUUAAUUCUAUUGCCUGGUUAUCUAAUGAUAUUAAAUGCAUGGUAAUCUUUUUACUUUACGUUUUCUUCUUAUUCAACUUUGGAUUUUUUUAAAUUUUCACGCUUUAAGUAUUUUUCUUAAUUAAGUCAGAAAUCAUCAAGCGUUUCUUUUUUUACUGUCAGUAGAACUUAAAUGUCAAAUUAUCUAUUCUUUCUCUUAAUUCUUAUAUUUCUACCUGAGUGAUGUAUUGACUGGUUCCUCUGGAUCCGCGGACUCUAAGUGGCAAUAUGUGGAUUGAUACCCUUCUUAUUUUAUUUUUAAUAUUAUAUUUUAUCUGUUUCACGUAACUUCCUAAAUACGACCAAAAUUUAAGCCAAUCAGUAUAAUUCGCAAUCAGUGGUCGCAAAUUGGAACGAGUAAAGUUACAUAUUCUGCGUUUCCAAAAAAUGACCAUUUUUUAAUUAAUGAGUAAUGAACAAUCGUAAUUUGAAAUAGAGAUAUAGAAAUUGGUCACUUUGUCAAAACACUAUAUCAAUAUAACAAUAAUAGGGUAUAUAACUAUAUAUAAUAAGAAUUGGUGCUCGGAUAAAAGCGAUAUUUGAGCUCGGUGUGCUUAAUUGGCUUUAAAAUGAAAGAAAUGAGCUCGGUUCCAAUAAAAUUCUAUUUUAUUUAUGUAAAUGAGAGUUUUGAGCUGGAAAAUUAAUUUAUACUCUGAAAAAAUACAAAUGAGCUCAGUUAAUUUUAUUUUUGACGGUAAAAAGAGAGAAUUGAGCUCGGCAAUGAAUUUAAUAAAAUUAAUUAAUGAGUUUACCAGUAGCAAAGUAUACCGAGUAAGAAAAGAAUAAUUCAAGAACAAAAUAAAUGUUAGAUUACAAUAGUUUUUUUACUAAUAUUCAGUCUUUUGUUAAAGUUAAUUUAACUUUCUUUCGACGAUCGUUUCUCCGGCUUAUCCCAAGUGGUUGUGGAACGUUACGCACUACUUCCAUAUCAAAAUUGUAAUGGUAAUAACCACUGGUCUUCAAAAUAUGUUGUGAUAUCAUCGUUUAUACUUAAUUAUACUUGAACCAACGAUAAUUUAUUAAUUAAACCAACAGUGGCAUUGUGUGAUUUUGAUACCUGUGUGUUGAUUUUGACGUUUUUUUGAACAUCAUUAUACAAUUUAUCUAACGAGAAUAUUGGUAAUUAAUUUCUACUAGCAUUUCUAAGUUAUAUUCAUCCUAUUAAAUUACUAAGAAUACCAGGACAAAUUAAUCUAAGUUAAAGAAAAUUAUUCUGAAAGAAUAGAUUUUAUGCUUAUAUUUUCGAGCACAUCUUCACUUCUAGAAUAAAUAUAUAGUUCUAUUAGGUAACGUAUUUAUCACACAUCGCAUCAGAUACGAUCGUCAUUUUUUAUCUUUUCAUACUGACCUAUAUGUUUCGCUUUGUGCCGGCUAUAGUCCUAAGUAUUCUCUGCAUAAUCCCACAAAUCUAACUGCUUCAACGUAAUAGUUCAAAGUAUUCGAAAAAUGCUAUUCAUUUAUAUGUAGCAGUCUUGUUUAAAAUUAAUUAAAAAUUAUUAUGAAAAAAUUCCAGUUGUCUAAUUUCAGUUAUUCUCGCUGUUCAGGAAUAUUUUUAAAUGUGUCUGAUGAAAAGAACAUAGUUUAAAAUCUCUAAACAUCCAGUUUCAUAAAAAUCAGUUCGAUCGUUCAUGCUAUGGCUUAGCCUAACUUUCUCAUGCAACAUACUUAUUGAUGGCCUUUCAAUGUAGAAUGAGCCGAUUAAACUGGCAUAUCUCAAAAAGCAUCAAAUUAUUCAUCCAUUACAUCUACUGAUAAUAUAUCUGUUUUGUAAAAGCCGCAUCCUAUGUCAAACAAAUAUGAAUGACAAUGAUCAACCUGUUUGUAUGAAAUAAGAAUGAGAUUCACGUACACAUGCUCGGUAAUCGUCUUUUAAACUACCUGUUUGAUGUAGUUAUCUAAUGUUGAAUAAAUAUAACUAUAGCGCACGUAAAUCUUGAUGAUUCGAUCAAAUACACAUAAAUGUAUAAGUCUACACAAAAUUGGACGCGUUCCUUUUUUUGUCAAUUUUUUUGUGCUAAAAGUCGAUAGUAAAGAAAAGACACAAUAUGUCCGAUGUUACGACAUAAUGAUGGUUAAGAUAAGAGGAAAAUAAGAAAUCCAUUAACACAACAGUUUCAAAGCGUUCAUUGAUCGUUGAAACGGUUGACUGAGUAUUCCCAAAUGAAAAAGACAUCUCAUUUGUCAUGGAAUCUAUUCGUAACUAAAGAAGAUGAUAAACUUUGUUUAAUCAAGACAAGACGAUCCUACAAUAUUAAUAGGAUUUACUUUCGUCUUUUUAUAUUUUUUUAUGCAAAAACUAAUAAAAAUAUCUAGUGGUAUUAAAAAGAAAUGCAAAAUGUAAAAAAAUGAAUAAUAUUUGUAUUCAGUUUAAAAGCAAACACUUAUUUUCGUCAAUUUUUGACGUUGAUUUUAGUCAGAUUAGAGUAUCAAGAUAUCUAAACACCUUGUUGAAAGAAUUGUCUAAAUUCAUUUUGAUCUAUCGAACCGUCUUUAUUAAUAUCUGCGGCAGAGAACGCUGCCUGUGUGGGAUCAAACCCACC